AUGAUUGGCCCGUACCUCCUGGCGUGGGCUUUGUGCGUGGCUCACGGCCGCCUCGGUCAUGACGUUCUGCUGACAGAUCCCACGGCAGAAGUGAACGCUCUCAGCGAUAUCGAAGCGGUGAAACGCGAGAGUUUCUGCGUCAAGAACACCGACCUUCAAUGGGCUCACGUAGACAUUCCGAACACUGAUAGCGAUCAGGUCCGCGAGAAAGCGCUUCUGGCCGCCAGACUGCUGGCGCUUCAGGUGGACACUGCGGACAAACGCACCCUCCGGCACUUCGUCACUGAGACACUUUCAUCCGAUGAGGCGGUCUUCUGUGCUAAGGUGCUCGUGGCCAACCUAACACAGAGUCAUCAUGGAGGGGGAAUAUUGGCCCAGCUGGGAACGGUGGGACACACUCUGCUCGUAGACUCAGAAGCGCGCAGGAACAACGUCAAACUCUCAGAUCCCGACUUCUUCAUCGGAUAUUCUCCAUGGCUCAAUGUGACAUCUCACUAUCUGACUGAGAAGCACCUGCAACGCACUCACGAGCAAAGACUGGAAGGAGGCAUAAUUCUCCGGGAUACGUGGACUUUACCAUACUAUUCGUGCGAGUAUCGGAAAUGGAUUGUUUCUCAUUUCGUUUGUGUGGACGAAAAACGAUUGGCGAUCAUGGGGGUCGACAUCGAUGUCUCCGACGUGGAUAUCGAUCAGUGCGAAAGCAGCGCCAGCACCCAAAUCGAGCAUCUAGCCAACGGGGUCGUGACGUUCCAUGGAACUCAUAAAUGCCAUAACGAAAGCACCGAAUGCGUUUUCACCCCGGGACGUGGAUGGGUUAGAGGAGCGUAUGUUUGUAAAUGCCGUAAAGGAUUCUACGCAAAUUCAACCGACCAGCCUUUCAACGGAUCUCUCGUGGAGGAUGCGUACCGCUUGCAAAACCACACAAUGACCUACUCCUGUAUACGGUGCGCCCCCGGCUGUGACAUUUGCACAGACGGAUCGCCGUGUUCGUCUCCUUACAACUGGGCCUUCCGAAUUUCUCUGCUGGCCAUAUCUGUCUUGUGUAUUCUCAUGACUCUCGUUAUCGCAAUUUACGUCUACAAAUAUAGACGGCUCAAAGUAAUCAAAUCAGCGUCGCCAGUGUUUCUCUGCAUAACUCUGCUCGGUUGCGCAAUCAUGUACUGCGAAAUGGCGGCCAUCUUUCCGGUUCUCGAUCGUUCAUGCUGUGUUGCUACAAAAUGGACCAGGCACAUGGGUUUCUGUAUCACGUACAGCGCCCUGCUGCUGAAGACGUGGCGCGUGUCGCUCACUUAUCGAGUGAAAUCUGCUCACAAACUUAAACUGACGGAUCACCAGUUGCUACACUGGCUUUUUCCCAUCCUGCUCGAGGUAGCAAUUUACCUCGGCACGUGGACCCUUUCCUCGCCUCCAGAAGCGAUCUUCAUCAAGGAUUGGUCUGGGCUAAAAUUCAAAAUUUGCGAGUACAAUUGGUGGGACCACACUCUCGCCCUCGGCGAAGUCAUGUUCCUCUUAUGGGGGAUCCGGGUCUGCUAUUCGGUGCGCCAUGCGCAAUCGCUCUUCAACGAGGCCCGGCACAUCUCAUUCGCUAUUUACAACAUCGCAGUUGUGAACACAAUGAUGAUGCUAUUCCACCUGGUCCUGCUGCCGGACGCCGGUCCGGAUAUAAAGUACCUGUUCGGUUUCAUCCGCACCCAGUUCUCGACAAGUGUGACCGUCGGCCUGGUGUUCGGUCCCAAGUUCUAUCGACUGCUCCGGGGCGAAGGCGACUCGUGGGACACGAGGUCUAGAGCCCGGGGCGUGUCGCUGAACGGGAUCACGACUGGCCUGAGCACCGAAGAGACGCAAAUUGAUCCGUACCAAGAGAAUGAGGAGCUCAAAGAAGAAGUUCAGCGCCUAGCGGCGCAAAUUGAAAUUAUGAAAAUAGCACACAUGGAAGUCAACAACCGGCAUCUGAAGCCAUCGGCCGCCAAAGGCAUCUUCGGCAACUCACCAGGACCCGCUGUCGUUAAGGCGAUGUACAUGAAAUUAGAAUCUGCAGACUCGCCCGGAAGUCGAGUCUCCCCGGCAGCCGAACUGGUGUCCGAAAGAGUUUAG